AUGCCUGGCCGUGUCGCUAUUCCUCACAUGAGGCAGCCAAUCAAGGACGAAUCAGAUAGGAACGAUGACCCGGACGGCCCUCUGUCCGACGACUCUGACACCUCAUCAUCCAACCAAACCCACCGAAAUGCACGAUCGGAUGCCCCAGCUCUCAGUGAGCAUACGACAGGGACGGAACCCUUGCUUAGGGAAGUUAGAGUUCAUCCCAGCCUUGUGGCCACGGGCGCAUCGAACUCGGAAGGGAACUUUUUCCACACGUCCUUCCAGGACAUUGGAAAAAAGCUGAAGGAUUUCAACGACACUCUCGGCGAGCUUCAGCAAUUGGGCGUGUCUCACGAUGUUCAGCUGCUCCCCGAGCUCGUCCUCGUCGGCGACCAGUCCGCUGGCAAGUCCAGCCUGAUGUCGGGACUGGCCAAUCUGGACCUCCCGCGCAGCGAAGGCACCUGCACGCGCUGCCCGUUGCACAUCAGGGUGUCAAGGAACAACACAUGGUCGUGCCGCGUAUGGCUGAGAAAGGCAUACGUAUAUCAGCCUCCUCCUGACAGACCAAUCUGCGAAAAGGAUGUGACACCGCAAGACCCAUUCUUUCCGUGGCGACAGCUGCCAGCCUCGACCGUGGUCGAGUUCAAGUCGAUGCAGGACAAGAGCGAAAUUGAGGAUGUCUUGCGCUGGGCGCAGAUCGCCAUCUUGAACGACAACAAGAACCACACUCUCUUCGUCCCAGGAUCCGGCCCAAUUGCGUUGAACACGCCAAUUGCGACGGCGGCGGAAGAAACCCUUGCAAAAUUCUCACCUAACGUGGUGGCCCUUGAGAUCAAGGGCCCUGAUCUUCCCGAUUUGUCCUUUUAUGACAUGCCGGGAAUCUUCCAAAAUCCGGCCGACGAUAGAGAUGACUACCUCGUCCAUGUUGUCCGAAACUUAUCAAGCGACUACAUGUCCCACCCGUCCGCCAUCGUCAUCUGUUCAAUGCCCAUGAACAGCGACGCGGAAAACUCCAGUACAUUCCGGCUCACCCGACGGCUCAAAGCCUCGAGCCGGACCAUUGGCGUCCUUACCAAAGCGGACCUUCUGCCAGAGGGUGGCAACCACGACCAGUGGCUGGCGAUCAUGAAAGGUGAGGCUCACACGGCGGGCCUCGGCUACUUUAUAACUUCACGUCCACAGGGCUUGGACUUGGACGCGUUGAAGGCGUGGGAGGAGUGCAUUUUUGAGGCCAGAACGACGCAGCACUGGCCGUCAUCGUUCCACCAGUUCACGGAACGGUGCGGUGUUGAGAGGCUCAAGGAUUUCCUGUCGGUCCGUCUUGGGGAGGAAUUUGCAAAGAGUCUUCCUAAGAUCAAACAGAAGCUUGAAAACCAUUUGGAAAAGAUCAACAAGGAGCUCUCGAUCCUGCCGGAGCUGCCCGACAACGUCGAGCUCAAAGUGAGGACGGGGCUCAUGAGCUUUGCUGACAGUGCGCGUUUCCAAUUGGACAAGUUUAUUCGACAUUUCAACAAGUUACCGCGCAGCUUUCGCAAUUGCCUGUUGGAGAUCAAACCCAAGUUUACGUUGAGGGAUCGGACUGAUAUCCCGGUGCUCGAAAUUUCCGACGACGAGUCGGACGCCGUGUCGGUCAUGACCAACAACACCACUCCGACGGCGAAGCGCCACGCAACCUUUGGCGCGACCCCUUCCAAACGGAUGAGAAUGGAGACAUCGACGGGAAUGUCUACGGGGGGCUCGACAGGCGGCGGCGCACCCCAUUCCAACGGAAUCAACACGGAGGGCGCCAACGGCGCGCGAGCCUCGGCCAGUCUUCCUCCGCCUUCAUCGGCCAGAGGAUCGAUCCUCCAGGAGCCUUUUACCGAGUUCCGCAAAAUCGGGCACGGCUUCCGUACCCUGCGGCAGGUGCGCCAGGAAAUGCAGGCCAAGACGAAGGCUGGCAUGCCUGAUCGCGUGUCGGAUGAGGUCUACUUCGACAUGGUCAAGGAAGCCAUCACGCCGUGGGACCGGCCAACGAUGGCGCUGAUGACGCAAGCAAUGCGCGAGUUGCAGUCGCUGCUAGAGACGACGCUCGGCACGGCGCUCGCCGGUCUCAAGAAGCGGUCGAUCUACCAGGAGGCGAAAAAGUACGUUCGCAAGUGCCUCGAGGAACACUGCAAGGAGACGGAGGCGGCGCUCAUGCAGCUGUACGAGGACGAACGCGAGCGGCUGCUCACCUUCAACGAUGAGGCGUUCAAGGAAUACUGCGAUUCCGAACAGGUAAUCCUCACUCGGUUUCGGCACAAGAUGCGACUGGAGUCGGCGGGACUCCCCAGCCGACCGUUGGGCGAGUGGUCCGACUUUACCGACGAGAAGAGAUCACAGGACGUGAAGCGACGCGAAGCGGAGGUGUCGAAGAUUGGACCGGAUCAGUUCGCGCGCGAAAUAGAGGUGAUCUCGUAUGUUAGGGCAUAUUACCGCCUCGCCGCGCUGCGCUUCGCGGAUGCCGUGUCGCAACGAAUACUGUGCCGGAUGAUACCCGCGAUCCGGAUGAAGCUGCCGGACUAUCUCGAGGAGAGCCUUGGCCUGCGCGGCCCCGACACGCAAGCCGUUUACGAGAGGCUUAUGGCCGAGGACGAGAAGACGGCCAAGAAGCGUGAGAUGCUGAAGCGUGAGAGGAACAAGUUCACCAAGGCGCUGGCAAGCAUCGAGCUGCUCGAGACGGGAGCAGGGUCGGGUGAUGUGGAGAUGCUGGACGAGAGCACGCAGCCUCUGUCACGGAUCAUGGACGCUGACCACCAGGAUGACGACUUGGGCGAGACUUGA